AUGGUUAAUGAAUAUCAAGCAAGAACAUUAGAAAAUGUUAUUGAUGCCAGAAUUGGGAUGUUACAAUUUGAGAAAGAUGAUGAUGAGGAUAUGCAAGAGGAUUGUUCAUUUUGUAGAUCACUUGACUGUGACAUAUUAUUUGCCUUAUCAUUUACACUUAUUAUUAUUGGACUUUUAAUUUUAAUUGUCAUAUUUUGGCUUAAAGAAUGUGAUUAUACAUUUGAUUCAACUAAACCAAAAGGAACCUUUAGUUUUCCUAUUAUUCCUAAUACUCCUCCCUCAUACAACAAUAAACACCUUACUAGUGAUCAAUUAUUUUCAACUUCCAUAACUGAUGAGCUUAAUACUAAUACUAAUUUAAUUGAAUCACAAAUUGCUGAAAAUAUUCAGUGUAUAUACACGUUUAUCGCCAGAAAAGGACAACGCGUGAAAUUAGAAUUUACCCAAUUUCAAUUAGCAGGUACUGUAGAUAAUUGUGAAGUUGAAUAUGUAGAUAUUUAUUCUGAAUUACAAGAUCCAAAUGAAGAUCUCUUGUCUGUUGAAGUAGGAGGAAGAUAUUGUGGAACAGUUGCUCCAACUAUUAGAAUAUCAUUAUAUAAUAUUAUAGUUUUAGUAUUUCAUUCACGUGUUGGUAAAAAAAGAAGUGAAGAUUUAAUUAUUAAGGGAAAAUAUUCAUUUAUAAGUGAUGAUAAAUAUAUUGCUGGUUUACCAUUACCUAAAAUAUCAAUAUGUUCAUAUUUAAUAGAACAUAAUGGUAGAAAAAAUAAAGGUAUUAUUUUAUCACCAACAUAUCCUGGUGUCUAUCCAAAUAAUAUAAUUUGUGUUUAUUUAUUAAAAGGUAAACCAAAUGAAAGAAUAAGAUUAUUUUUAAAAGAUUUUGAUAUAUAUUUUGGUGGUGAACAUUGUCCAUAUGAUGUUUUAACAAUAUAUGAUGGUAAUAAUAAUAAUUCACCUAUAAUAAAAAAAGUUUGUGGUUUACAACAAAAAAUGGAAAUAUUUUCAUCAUCUAAUAAUUUAUAUAUUGAAUUUUUGACAUCUGAUCCAUUUAAAAAUGAUCAAAGAGGAUUUUUAUUAGAAUAUGAAUUUUCAUCACAUUUUGUAAAUAUACCAAGAUUAAUACAAAAUGCUGUUGGUGUUACACAUAUAAGAGGAACUGAAUGUGAUAUAAGGGUACAAAGUACUAAAGAAUCAACACAUUAUAUAUAUUCACCAAAUUUUCCUGAUAUGUAUCCAAGUAAUAUUUCAUGUACAUAUAUAUUAGAUGGAUUACAGGGUGAUCAAAAUUUAGAAAAAGUUUUACUUACUUUUGAACAUUUAGCUGUUUUUUCUGAUAAUUAUAAUAAUAUUGGAAUGAUUAAUAAUGGAAAAAAUAAUAAUGAUGUUGAGUGUGCCUCAGCUUAUGUUGGAAUUGCCUAUGAUAUUAAUAAUAUAAAAGCUGUUUUAUCAAAUUCAGAAGGAAGUGCUUAUGAUAAAGUUUUAUGUGAAAGAUUAGUUGUAGGAAAUGAAUUAAUGGGACCAUAUGAAUCUAAAAGUAGUAGGAUGGUUGUUGAUUUUGAGUCUGCUGAACAUCCUAGAAAUGAUGGUAAUAGUAAUUUAGGUUAUGGCUUCAAGGCAAGAGUAGAUUUUAGAACAGAUUUUGGUGUACCAGGAGAGGCUGUUGGUGAUUCAAAUAAAUGUCUUUUUAGAUUUAAAGAUAAAAAAGGUUCUUUUAAUAGUCCACGUUUUCCUAGUAAUUAUCCUCUUGAUACAACAUGUAUAUAUUUAAUAGAAGGAAAUCCUGGAGAUCAAAUAAUAAUAAAUUUUGAUGCUUUUGAAUUACAUGAAGAUUCUUCAAUAGAUAUUUGUAAUGAUUAUGUUGAAUUAUAUAAUGUUUUUGUUGAUAAUAAUGGUAAAGAAACAUUUCAAUUACAGGAAAAAUAUUGUUGGAAUAUGAAACCUGGUCCAAGUAUAUCAGCUUAUAAUGCAUAUAAAAUGAAAUUAGUAUUUGUUAGUAAUUAUGAAGGAUCAAGUAAUGGUUUCAAAGCAACAUAUAAAAUAAGAAAAAGAUUUAAAGAAGAAAUUCCUUCUGUUGAGGGAAAAGAUGAUGAUCAUUGUGGUGUUUCUAUAAUUGCAAGUGAUGGAUAUACAUCAGGAACAUUUAAAUCACCAAAUUAUGGUACAAAAUAUGGUAAAAAUACUUAUUGUGACUGGGAAAUAGUAGCAAGAGAGAAUCAUCAAAUUCAUUUAAAAAUUGGUAAAAUAGAUGUUGAAGGAACAUUAGGUAAUGAUAGAUUUUCUUGUCUAUCAGCUGUCAUCAGAGUCCUACCAGAUGUUUUAGAUCCAACAUCAGUUAUUCAAGUUUGUGGAGAUGUUGCAACAAAUGUAAAACCUGUUACUUCAAAAGAUAAUAAAUUACGAAUAAGUUUUUAUACAUCAAUGGAUAAAGUUAAUGGAUUAAAAGGAUUUUUAUAUGAAUGGACUGAAGUUAAAAUUGUUGAAAAAGAUAAUGAAUGUUCUGGUGAAGAUAAAUAUCUUUGUACUUAUUCAAAAAUGUGUAUUGAUAAAGAGUUAAGAUGUAAUGCAAUGUAUAAUUGUGGAUUAAAUGAUGAAAGUGAUGAAACUCAUUGUGAUAAUGAAAAUGAUGUUAAUACUAACACAAAUGAAACAUCAAUAAUGCUUGAUGGAAUGCUAAUACCUAAAUUGUUUAAAAUUAUUGCAAGUAAUAUAACAGAAUUAGCCUCUGAUCUUCGUUCAGUAAUUGCUGCAGUAUUCUUUGCUUUUCUUUUUAAAAAGAAAAUGGAGAAACGAAAAAGAAUUAAAAAUAAUAUAAAAUCUUCUAAUUUCCGUGGAGCUAAACCACGUAUACCAUAUCGACAACAACAACCAGUAGGAAGAAUUAUCGUUUCAAAUAAAGAUUUAGACUUUAGUCGUUAUGAACAUGGUCAAAACGGGUUGAUUUCUUCACCAUUAACAUCAAGAUUUAUCAAUCACGAUGCUACUGGUAUUGUUCUUCCUACACCAACGACAAUUGAAAACAUAAAAAAAGUAGAUGAAAGUUGUAAUUCCAGUGGCGUUAUCAAGGAAUCAGGAUUAGAAAGAAAUAGUGACACAAUUCAAGGCGGAAUAAAAGAAAUCGUAUCAAAAAGUGUGUCAUACAAUUCUGUUGCAGCAAAAGAAUCAAAGUUAACGUUGUGUUUGGUAAAUGGAGCAUAG